AUGCGUUGCAAGAAAUGGGCAUGUUCUGCCAGUGCGCGGUUGGUGCUUCUGUGCGCGCCGUUCGCCACCUCUUGGUGCUACCUUCUUGUGACAGAUGCACCUGAUUGGAAAGAAAACGUCUUGAUCAUGCGAGCACGCAUGCCUCUUCCGAAGCCAAGUCAAGAGCAAUGGUUGGCCUCUUGGUCGAAAGUUGUGCAACUGCAUGCUCAGUGUUCUCGCAAUUGGCUGAACUCUCCCCAGCUGGCAGCGGAAACAAUGCGACGUUUCUCUGGGGAUAUUAUGGAAGCCUUUGGUAUUCGUGUUUGCAAUGCGGCAGAAGAGCGGCGUCUCGUAACACAGCUAAUUGUUCCAAAAUAUUUGUGGGAGAUCGAGCACGCAUGCUCCCACGCUCUCGGCGGCGAUACUGUUCUGGAAGUUCUGGGAUCUACAGUGCGUGGCACUAGUUAUGCGGCUUUCAACGCUCCAGAUAGUGAUCUGGACAUCCAAGUCUCCAGGCGACCGGGUUCCGCGCGAGUUCAUGAGCCUUUCACAGAGAAUGACAAGCGACGCGUCGCGCAGAAUCUGGAAAAGCUGCGGUUUAUCUCUGGUCGUGUGACCAUCGGGAACAUUGCUAUCAGGUUUACCAUUCAGUCAGUUCAAUCUGUCGAUCUUGUGCUUGCGAGGGAGCGACCUGAGGAGUUUCCAGCACUUCGCGGAGGGUCGAGCUUCCACGACAAUUCAAAGAGGAUCGAUACUUUCUUGGAUUACACGCCUGCUGCAAAGCAUGCCAUCAUUGCGAUUAAGAGACAUUUCGGCCGUGGCCGUCCAAAAGGGCUCCUCCUUGAGGCCAUUGCCUGGCGGCUGGGGUCAAUGAAGAUGGAGUUGAAGACGAUGUUGAGAAGAGUGGCAGAAGGAAGCAUACCGGAACGUAUGGCGGCGUCUUGCACAUUCUUCCGAACGAUGUUUGAAGAACUCCGGGAUUGGAAACGGGCACCUCAUUUCGGCCGCGAGCUUCAACAAGACUUGGGUAGGCUUUCGGACAGGAAGAGGGCCGAGUACACUGCAGGCUUCGAGGAAAUCGCACGCAUCACCGAUGCUGGAUUUGACUUCCAAUUAUUGUUGGGUGCUUGUGACAUUCGAGCACACAAAGCAGUGUUCCCGAGCAACAUGUGCCACAAGGUUCCCGCCGCAGCCGAGGAAGCACUCAGACAUUAUUUCUCCGAUUUCCUGGAACAAGAACCUUGA